CGAUCAAAGCCUAUUGUCUUUUCCAUGGCAAGACUUGAUAGAGUGAAAAACUUAACUGGCCUUGUUGAGUGUUAUGGCAAGAGUACCAAGCUAAGAGAACUGGUAAAUCUUGUUGUGGUUGGUGGUUACAUAGACGUCAAGAACUCUAGGGAUAGAGAAGAGGUCGCAGAGAUUGAAAAGAUGCAUGAUCUCGUUAAGAAAUACAACUUGAGUGGCCAGUUUCGGUGGAUUGCAGCCCAAAUGAACCGUGCCCGUAAUGGUGAGCUAUACCGCUACAUUGCAGACACAAAAGGUGUCUUUGUGCAGCCUGCUUUUUAUGAAGCUUUCGGCCUCACCGUUGUGGAAGCCAUGACUUGUGGCCUUCCUACUUUUGCAACAUGUCAUGGUGGUCCUGCUGAGAUCAUUGAGCAUGGUAUCUCCGGGUUCCAUAUUGAUCCCUAUCAUCAAGAUCAAGUGGCUGCACUUCUGAUUGACUUCUUUGAUCAGUGCCAGAAGCAUCCUGGCUACUGGGAAAAGAUAUCUGAAGCGGGCCUCAAACGAAUUUAUGAAAGGUACACUUGGAAGAUAUAUUCUGAGAGGCUGCUCAAUUUAGCUGGGGUUUAUGGCUUCUGGAAGCAUGUGUCUAAGCUUGAGAGGCGAGAGACAAGGCGAUAUCUGGAUAUGUUUUACAUUCUCAAGUACCGAAAUCUGGUGAAGUCGAUCCCGCUGUCUGUAGAUGAGCAGCAUUGAACUAUAUGAUUACAUGUCAAUAAAAGAAGCUGUCUGCUUGUUCCUGCUUAUUGUGCGUUGCAUUUGAAUUUCUGAUGUUGUCGAGCCUGUCCAACUGCUGUGGACAGAACAGAACCAUGUUUUAAUUUCUCCUCGUUUGGUUUAGGAUGUUUCAUUGAUGUUUGUUGAGUCUGUUGAACUUCAUGUUUUAAAUUAAAUAAGUUGAUGCUUUUGGUAUUCAAUAUCUGCAUGGAAUUCAUUUAUUAAAUUGAAGAUAACAACA